AUGUUAGGAUCCUAUAAGACCCUAGUAGGAAAUAGACAUCACCUCCUUUUCUUAGGUGGCGGUGAUCAACCAGAUGAUGACGAUGAGGUUGAAGGUCAAAAAGACACAAUCUUCAUUCAAAAUCUGCCAAAAAAUAUUACGCGUGACGAAUUAUAUGAUGUAUUCUCUGAAGUUGGACACCUCAAAUCUGAUCAACGAAGUGGUGGACCAAAAAUAUGGAUUUUUAAAGAUCGCAUGACGGGUGAAGGAAAUGGUCAUGCAACAGUGACAUAUGAACAUGAGAAGACGGCUCAGAAGGCUAUCUUCAAGUACAACAAUCAACGCAUUCCAUCGUUGGGAACUGUUGUCAAAGUUCAACUGACACAAAGAUGGCCGAGACGAGAUUUUGGUGGAGAUCGUGAUUUUAGUGGAGAACAUGGGAGAGGAGGUGGUUAUAGUCGUCGCGGUCGCGAUCAUAAGCAGUUGUAG